UUUUUUUUCUUAAUAAUUAUUUGAAUUAGUUAUUUACCAUCACUAUUAAGACUUGUUUACUAUCGAGGUCACACUCGACUGCGUUUUUUGAGCGCAUCCACGAAGCUCACGAGUGCACCGCUGUAAAGCGAAAUGUGCGCGUGGUGUUGCGCAUGCUGAAGGGGGUACACGUUCAAGUGUGGUGUUAUGGAGGAGAAACCUGCAUCUUAUGAGCGAGUUGUUUACAAAAACACUUCGGAGUACCACUACAUGAAGAUCUGCCUAGUUUGUGAAAACCGCAGCAAAACCCUGAGUCCAGAACAGUUUAAGCAGUUGAUAAUCUCUGGAGUCAAAGACCUAUACGGAGAGGUUGGAGCUGCUUUUCCCUUUGAUUUGCUGACAUUCGAUCAAAGUGCAUUGUCAGCCAUACUGCGUGUGUAUAACAGGGGUCUGGUGAAACUGUGGAGUGCACUCACACUGAUCGGAGAGUACGAAGACGAACCAUGUGCGUUUAGAGUCACACAGGUCUCACCAUUCUUGUUAGCUUUAUCUGGAAACAGUCGUGAGCUGGAGCUGUACUAGUUUGCAUGUGAAAAUGGCCUUCAUUCUCAGAAGAACUCUGCUUGGGAAAAGCGUGCACCAUGUUCUGAGCACAGCAGUAUUUGGGACGUCGAAGCUCUUCAUGCCAGAGUCAAGCGCUCUCCGAAUGCUCCAUGUUGGAGCCCGAGCCUCACUGACGAGGGUUUUCAGCGCCAGGGAUGUUGAACUUUUCGCUGAGCUAACAGGAGACACGAACCCGCUCCACCUUGACCCUGAAUUCGCCAAAAAGACCUCUUUUGAAGCUCCCAUUGUUCACGGCGUGCUGAUUAAUGGCCUCAUCUCAGCAGUUUUGGGGACCAAAAUGCCCGGCAGAGGCUGUGUGUUUCUCCACCAGGAAAUUCGCUUCCCGGCACCUUUGUUUGUCGGAGAGGAGGUGGUGGCUGAGGCAGAGCUGAAGAAGAUCAAAAUGUCAUUUGCUUUCAUUUCCGUUUCCUGUUCUGUCAGAGACAAAGUGGUGAUGGAGGGGGAGGUGAUGGUCAUGAUACCGCAGGGCAUGCAGGGGACUUAGUUAAUAUGAAACUUAAUAAACGUCUUUCAUAUCUUUG